UCUCUCUCUCUCUGAUAUACUAUAGAUAUCUGUGCGGACUGUAUCUCUGUUGUGUUGUAUAUAAGGCGAGAUUCGCAAAAAACAAUAGUUCAGCUUUGCCUAGAAUCAGAGCUUCACCGAAAAGGAACAUUGUGUCUUGUUCCGUGCUGAGAUUGCAUUUAAGGAGAUUUGGAGACUGUUAAUCAGGGAGGAAAGGAGAAUUAGAUGGUAUCUACCUUACCGACAUUGUAAACUUUACAUUUGAUAACAACGCACAAUUGCUACAAACCAGCUUGUUUCGCUGAACAAUACUCUACGCAGUAAAUCACCAACUGAUGCCAUCGCAUUGUCUAUGUCAGGCGUGUUAUGAUUUCGGGACGAUGCAGUCUUUUAUUAACAGUUUAUCAUUUGUUCAAAUUUUCUAAGAAGCGAUUCAUAUAUAAAUAUUAUACGGGAUCUCGUGUGAUUGAAGGUACUUCAUUCCCAAUAAUUAAGCAACACAUUAAUAGAAUGGCAUCAACAUCUAAAAACAACGCUAAGAACGUUAGUUGUUCUGGCGUGAAAAGACUAAAUCGCUUGAGCUUGGAAAAGUCUCCGUAUUUGCUGCAACAUGCAACUAAUCCCGUGGAUUGGUAUCCGUGGUGCGACGAAGCUCUCGAAAGAGCGAAAAAAGAAGAUAAAUUGAUUUUAUUAUCAGUCGGAUAUUCUACGUGUCACUGGUGUCACGUAAUGGAGAAGGAAUCGUUUGAGAACGAAGAAAUUGCUCAGAUUAUGAAUGGAAAUUUUGUUAACAUCAAAGUAGAUAGAGAAGAAAGGCCCGAUAUUGACGCAACGUACAUGCUAUACGUUUGUCAAACGACAGGAGGGGGCGGUUGGCCAAUGACUGUUAUUCUGACUCCAAACUUAAUCCCAGUGUUAGGUGGAACGUACUUCCCGCCAGAAUCAAGACACGGCCUUAUCGGCUUUAAGACGCUCUUACUGCAUGUUGCACAGAGAUGGAAAGAACAGAAGAACGAAGUAAUCAAUUCCACUCUUAAGACAUCAAAAAUACUGCAGCAUAUGAUCGAUAGUAAGCAAUGCUUAAAAGAAGACGAUGUGUUACCUUCAUCCGAGUAUGCAAUCUUGUGCGUUUAUCAUUUGUCAGAUCAAUAUGAACCGGAUUUCGGUGGAUUUGGAGAAUUCAUAGAUCUAAUCUCAAAUCAAACCAAAUUUCCUACAAUGGUGAAAAUUAAUAUGCUUUUGACCAUGUAUUCUCUGAGCAAUACUCCUGAUCUGUGUAAAUUGUGCUUAGAAAUGUCCAUACAUACCUUGAAAAAGAUAGCUUAUGGUGGAAUUCACGAUCACGUAGGACAAGGAUUUUCGAGGUAUUCCGUGGAUAUAAAAUGGCACGUACCUCAUUUUGAGAAAAUGCUUUACGAUCAAGCGCAGAUGAUCCAAACAUAUGCUGAUACUUACGUUGUCACAAAGGACUCAUUCUAUUCUGAUAUUGUAGAUGAUAUUGCAACGUAUGUCGAGCGUGAUCUACGGCACAAGGAAGGUGGCUUUUAUAGCGCAGAAGAUGCAGAUUCACUUCCAAAGAUGGAAGCUUCUGAAAAACGAGAAGGCGCGUUCUACGUGUGGACUUACGAUGAACUUAAGGCUGUUCUGAACAAAAAGAUACCUGGCAACGAUAACGUUUGUUUUCUCGAUCUCGUUUGUCAUUAUUUUAACGUAAAGAAAGAAGGAAACGUAUCAAGAAGUCAAGAUCCUCAAGGCCAUCUCACUGGCAAAAAUGUGUUUAUUAUAUAUGACGAAAUAACAAAUACUGCGAGUAAAUUUGGAAUUAGCGUGGAAGAUGCACAAAAGUACAUUAAAGAGGCCUGUCAGAUUUUAUUUGUGGAAAGAUCGAAAAGACCGCGGCCUCACUUGGACGAUAAAAUUAUCACAGCGUGGAAUGGUCUCAUGAUAAGUGGCUUUGCACGUGGAGGAGCAGCUGUGAGAAAUGAGAAGUACGUGGAAUUAGCAACAAGUGCUGCCAAGUUUGCAGAGCAAUAUCUGUUUGAUAAAAAUAAAAAUGUGCUACUUCGCAGUUGCUACCGUGGAGAAAACGACAAAAUUAUGCAGACGAGUGUACCAAUAAACGGCUUUCUUGCGGACUAUGCGUAUCUCAUAAAAGGAUUGCUCGAUCUUUACGAGGCCAACUUCGAUCCACAUUGGAUCGAAGUUGCCGAGAAGCUGCAGAAUAUACAGGACCAGCUGUUCUGGGAUUCAAAGGAUGCUGGUUACUUUUCCACGGUUGAAGAUCCUCAGAUAAUUCUACGGCUUAAAAGCGUUUAUGAUUGCAUGGAACCGUCCGGUAAUGCGAUCGCAUGCUCCAAUCUACUUCGUUUGGCGAUCUAUCUCGAUUAUGACGAAUUUAAGGAUAAGGCCAAACAGAUUUUACGUACAUUUAACACCAAGAUUGAAAAAGAUCCAUCAGUACAUAUCCAACUGAUAUUAGCUCUGCUUGAAUAUCAUAACGGAACGCAGAUUUAUAUAGCAGGGAAACGGAACGCCGAGGAUACGAUUGAGAUGCUUAAUGUUGUUCGCGAGCGUCUAAUACCCGGUCGGGUGUUGCUCUUAGCCGAUCCUGAUGAUCAGGAUAACAUAUUGCUUCGCAAGAACGCGAUUGUCGGCAAGAUGAAACCUCAAAAAGGUCGAGCGACCGCUUUCGUAUGUCGACAUCAUACGUGCUCUCUACCUAUUACGGAUUCCAAAGAACUUGCUACUCUGUUAGACGAUAAGGAAAUUAGCGGCAUGUGAUCUGAAAUUGUGUGAGAUAAUUAGUUUUCUAGUAAGAGGAAGAUAAUAAAAAAAAUAUUUUUUGUCUAUUUUAAUAGAAUCAUCUUGCACAAAAUAAUUUCCUUUUGUGCUAAAUAAUGUUAACUCAAGUAGUUUGGUAUAGGGAGUUAAAGCGCUAGAUUGCAAACAGAUUAAUAGCGUGUUACAGUCGAAUAAAAUGACUUAAUAAUACGGAGUGACACAACAAUAAUUAACUUAAUCCUGUAAAUUGCAUUAUAAUCUUUGGAGAUUUGUUCUGAAUAUUAUAAAUAUAUAUGGAAAAAAUAUAUUAAACAGUUUUUCUUUUC